GGGAGGAUUCAUUGGCACACCAAAAAUGGCUAAAAUAGUCUCUCUUCUCGCCACUCUUGUAGUGGCUUUACUGUCCCUUAGCUUUCCUUUAGAAUGCAAAGCAAAUUACUACUAUAGUUCUCCUCCUCCACCAACCAAGAAGUACGUGUACUCAUCACCACCACCUCCAGUUUAUAAGUACAAAUCCCCGCCACCACCUCUACCAAUUUAUAGAUCUCCACCACCACCCGUUUACAAGUAUAAGUCUCCACCACCACCUGUUUAUAAGUACAAGUCUCCACCACCACCUCCACCAGUCUAUAAAUCCCCACCGCCACCUGUUUACAAGUACAAGUCCCCACCACCACCCGUUUACAAGUACAAGUCUCCACCACCACCUCCACCAGUUUAUAAAUCCCCACCGCCACCCGUUUACAAGUAUAAGUCCCCACCACCACCCGUUUAUAAGUACAAGUCUCCACCACCACCUCCACCAGUUUAUAAAUCCCCACCACCACCCGUUUACAAGUACAAGUCCCCACCACCACCUCCACCAGUCCAUAAAUCCCCACCGCCACCUAUUUACAAGUACAAGUCCCCACCACCACCCGUUUACAAGUACAAGUCUCCACCACCACCUCCACCAAUGUACAAAUCCCCACCACCACCCGUUUACAAGCAUAAGUCUCCUCCACCACCUCCUCCGGUUUACAAAUACAAAUCACCACCACCACCCGUUUAUAAAUACAAAUCACCACCACCGCCUCCUCCGGUCUACAAAUCUCCACCACCACCUAUUUACAAGUACAAGUCUCCUCCACCACCUCCUCCAGUCUACAAAUCCCCACCACCACCAGUUUACAAGUAUAAAUCACCGCCGCCGCCUCCACCAGUUUAUAAAUCUCCACCACCCCCAGUUUACAAGUCUCCACCACCCCCUUACCACUAUUAUUACACAUCUCCACCUCCUCCUCACUACUAGGAAAUGCGUUUUACACUCUAGAUCAAGGGAAAAGAGGAAGCAGAAGGAAAAGCCUCACGAGCGAAUAAAUGGAGUGUUUUAAAGAAGAAGAGAAGUUAAAGCCACAAAAGGAGAAUAUGUCCUUUUGUUUUGUGUUUUUUUCCCAUUGACUUCACGUUAGUUGUAUAUCUCGUGAAGAUUUCGAACUAUAUAUGUUUUGAAAGUAUUAUAUUUAUUUACGUACCAAGCCGUACAUGUUUAUGUGCUUUUGAGUUUUGACUUCAUGUUGGAUUAUGUCAAGGUUCUCUGUAAUAAGAUCAAUAAGUUCAUUGAAUAAUAUUGUAGUUUCCGUUUCCAAGAGA